AUGGAAAAGCGAGCAGGGCAUGAAAGGCUCAAACAAAGCCAACAGAAACUGAAACAAGACCGAAAACCGCCAGCCGAGCUAAUGAAAAACGAAAAUCUGGCGUGGCCGAAGAAGCGUGUGCCGGAGCAUGGGUUUUUCGCCGGAGAUGGCGAAGGUGGCCUGACUGGCGGCAAUUGCGUGGGGGCUUUGGUGGCGGCUACCGGAGAAUGGGGUGGCGACAUGCGUGUUGGAACUUUUCCGGCCACCGGAGAUGGGGAUGCGGAAAGGGACGGGGGGAUGCGGAAAGGGACGGUGGCUCGACUGGCGGUGUGGGUCCCGCCGCCGGAUAAGGGACGGCGAAAUGUGGUGGUUCAACUGGAGAUGAUGGAGAACUAUUAUUGCGACGGUUAUGAUAAUGUUGGGAAAUGA